UUACUAGAGUACCUGAAGGCGUCAUACGUUUGUCAGCCGGUGUUUUCAUAUUUUUACGCCCCUCCGGUCUUGUAUUGUGGUUUCCAUGCUUCGAAGACAUCUAACGUAGCGUACAGGGGUGCCAUGACUCUGACCAGAGGAUCUUUCACCUACGCCAGUGGGGAAGAGUACCACGGCGAGUGGAAAGAAGGUCGGAGGCAUGGAGUGGGUCAGCUCAAGUUUCAGGAUGGAACGUGCUACAGUGGUCAGUUUGAGAACGGGCUCUUUCAUGGCUCGGGUGUGCUGCUCUUCACAGACGGAUCAAGGUACGAAGGAGAAUUUGCACAUGGAAAGUUUCAAGGCCUCGGAGUCUUCGGCCGAUACGAUGGCAUGAAGUUUGAAGGAGAAUUCAAAGAUGGACGUGUUGAGGGAUACGGGUUAUUGACUUUCCCAGAUGGAGCACAUGGUGUCCCACGAAAUGAGGGCUUGUUUAAAAACCACAAGCUGCAGAAGAGAGAGAAGUGUCCAGGCGUGGUGCAGCGUGCGCACGCUUCCGCCUCCAACGCCCGCACCCUGGCGCUUUGACUGUCAUGAACCCUGGAGGAGACACAGUCAGGGCUCCAGCACUUUCCAGGAGGACCUCAGGGAUGUAAACUCCCAUCAAGCUCUUCUCCUUGAGUCUUUCUCUAUUUUUUUAACAUCUCUUUCUAAUUCCCCUUUUCUGCAUCUUCCUUGUUUUGCCUUGGAACGCACAUGAAUUCUGACCAAACAAACGCUUUCUUUUAGACUGACUUGAAAUGCACGACACCGGGGAGCCCACCUUUAACUGAACGAGUCACCUAAACACCACAUGCUGCUUUCUGUUUGUCUCCCUUUGUCCCGAUUCUUGUACUCAUAAACAUCCUCUUAGUGUUUUUCCCUUGAGCAGUCAACAUUUAUACAUCAAACUACUGACAAUGGCAGUCCUGUUCUUACCACAACUGGAACCUCAAACAGGUUGAUCUCUAAUGCAUGAGGAAGAAGUGUAAACUUAGUCUGUUCAUCAAAGUCUACAGCCAUUUAUGAGAUAAACUCUACUGAAGCCCUUAGUGGACAUGCAUCCCUACACUUUGUUUACUCUGUUUUCCUGUGAUAAUGAGUAACUUCUAGUUGUAUUCUCGAGCUUAAUACUCAUUAAUCUUGUAUCCCUAAAACUGCAAAAGUUAAAAAAAGAGAAAUUGGCAAAACUUGCCUCAUUGGUGCGGGCACUUGCAGCGUGGCAAGUCCUGGUCUUGCCUAUAGUAUUCUUUUUAGAUCAUCUAAAUAUGAUCCCUUAUCAUGAGAA